AUGAAUUUUAUGUUUUUUAUUCUUUUAUAUGAGGUUCUUUCUUUACAGAACCUCAAUGGGACUUCUUUUAAUGAUGAUAUAUGGAUGCCUGACUCUGCAAAGGAAUAUAAAACGGAACCGGAAAUUAAGGCGAAUACUCCUGCUAAUGAGAAAACUGGCGAUCAUUAUAAAGAUAUAAAAGAAUAUAUGUUCACGACGCAAAAUCCAAAUGGCAGCCAGUCUGAAAUAUCCGUGAGAGCAACAACUGAUUUGCAAUUUGCUCUAAGAAAUUAACGAACCAAAGGUCCAAAUGAGCCUGCAUUUUGGACAAUGUUGGCUAAAGCUUUAAAUGCAACACCAACAGCUGAGGAGAUUGAAGAAAAAGAUCAAUUAUUUCGCCCAAUUCCAAUGUCUGAUUUGAAUACUACUAAUGAAGACGACCUGAACAAGCUACAGGAUAUCAAGUUAAAAUUAAUGCUGGGCAUCUCAUUGAUGACCCUCUUCAUUUUUGUCAUCCUCUUGGCAGUCUGUGGUGCCAUGCUGUACAAAGUGAAGACAAUUAGUUAUAAAGAGAGAUGUCAGGAGCAAUACCCUGUCAACCCAGAGCUAGCAACUCUGUCUUAUUUUCAUCCAUCAGAAGGUGUAUCAGACACAUCUUUUUCUAAGAGUGCUGAGAGCAGCACGUUUUGGGGCACCACUUCUUCAGAACUGAGAAAAUCAGACACAAUGUCAAAAUCUAAAACAACAGACAUGGUUUCUACAGCCUCAGAUGAUACAGGCGUGAAUGAUGAAUCAGAUUUAAUUCAGAGUGAAGAACCAAGCGAAGAAACUCCCACUGAUGAAUAG